AUGUGGCACCUUAAACUCUUUGCAGUGCUCAUGAUCUGCCUGUUACUGCUGGGCCAGAUAGAUGGCUCCCCAAUAUCGGAACUGAGUUCAGCAAAGAGAAGGCUGCGGAGAAUGACCCCAUUUUGGAGAGGGGUUUCCCUCAGGCCCAUUGGAGCCUCCUGCCGGGAUGACUCCGAGUGUAUCACCAGGCUAUGCAGAACUCUUCAGGAAGAUGCCAAAACGGGCAAUGCUGGCACUGGCUACCUGAUGACGUGCCCAAGUUCGUGA